AUGGAUAAAUUCCGAAUGAUAUUCCAGUUCCUCCAGUCCAACCAGGAAUCAUUUAUGAAUGGCAUAUGUGGCAUUAUGGCUCUCCUGAGUGCACAGAUCUAUGUGGCUUUUGAUUUCAAGUGCCCAUGUCUACCUGUUUACAAUCUAGUUUAUGGGAUGGGAAUCCUGUUUAUGCCUCCCUUAGUCUUAUUCCUGUUUGGUUUUGUGAUGAAUAACAAUGUUUCCAUGUUGGCUGAAGAAUGGAAAAGGCCCAUAGGGAAACGACAGAAAGACCCUGCUGUCUUGCGUUACAUGUUCUGCUCCAUGGCUCAGCGGGCUAUAAUUGCUCCUGUAAUUUGGAUCUCAGUCACACUGUUGCACGGGGAAUGUUUUAUCUGUGCAUUCAGUACCUCCGUUCCCAUGCACAAACUUGGAAACAGCAGUUAUAGACAUCUUCCUGAGAAGGAGAUCAGGAAGAUUUUAGCCCAGAUUCCCUGCGAUGAUAUUUACAGUGGCCAAGAACUGAUUGCCAGAGAGGUGGCAACCAGGUAUCUACGCUGCAUUUCACAGGCAACAGGCUGGGUCUUUGUGCUGCUAGUAACUCUGCUGGCUUUCCUUGCCCGAGCCAUACGUCCCUGCUUUACUCAAUCUGCCUUUUUGAAGAGCAAAUAUUGGUCCCACUACAUUGACAUUGAGCGGAAACUCUUUGAAGAAACAUGUACAAAACAUGCUAAGAGUUUUGCCAAGGUUUGCGUCCAGCAAUUCUUUGAGAACAUGAACAAAGACCCCUUCUUGGGCCACACACAUAUGCAGAUUCCUGAGAAGGCACCAUCAGACUCAGAGGAAGAAAAGGAACAACUGCUGGGCAUCAUAGAUCAAGGAACCAUGAACAAGCUUCUGAAGAACUGGCACAACUGUAAGCCCCCUUUGUGUCUCAAGCAAGAGCUGAUGCAAAAUGGAACCAGUUGGACAAGAGAAAUUGCACAGCCUUGUCCAUCAAGGAAAGAGUAUGCAGCCUACUACAGCAAAGUUUGA